CUUCCAGAAGACUCGUUGCCGGCGCCAUUUUGUCUCGGCGAAGCAGUGGCGGCAGAAGCAGCGAGAGACAGGCAGCAAACUGAACCCCAGCGGAGAGGCCUCGAAAGCAGCGAUGCGGUAUUCCAAACGGACAGAUUAUUCUGAAUGGGAUGAAAAACAGUAUUCGGAUGCCAAAAAAGGCAGCAGCCAUCAUAAGAGAAAAAGAAAGUCAUAUAGUAGUGCUCAUGAGAGUAAGCGCUGCAAGUAUAAUGAUACCGAGGUGUAUGAUAGCCUUUAUUCAGAUGCCAGUUCCUUCCAUGAAAGAGAUCACCAUGAACGUCGCUAUGUUGAAUAUAGAAACAACUAUAGUCAACUCUCUGAAACCAGGCACCAUUGCAGAGACAAUGAAAAUCAUCACAACCACAGUAGCAAGUCAUCAGGACAUAGUGGCAGAAGCAGUUACAAAAGAAAACACAAGACUCAUCAUAGCAAAUCACAUCACUCACAUGCGAGGAGUCACCGAAGGAAAAGAUCGAGGAGUGUAGAGGAUGAUGAGGAGGGUCACCUGAUCUGUCAGAGUGGAGACGUACUAAGUGCAAGAUAUGAAAUUGUCUCUACUCUGGGCGAAGGUGCGUUUGGGAAAGUAGUGGAGUGCAUUGAUCGCAAAGCGGGAGAUAGACAUGUGGCAGUAAAAAUAGUAAAAAAUGUUGAUAGAUACUCUGAAGCAGCUCGUUCAGAAAUACAAGUGUUGGAGCACUUAAAUGCAACAGAUCCUAAUAGCACAUUUCGCUGUGUCCAAAUGUUGGAAUGGUUUGAACACCAUGGCCAUGUUUGCAUUGUAUUUGAACUACUGGGACUUAGUACUUAUGACUUCAUUAAAGAAAACAGCUUUCUGCCUUUUAGUCUGGAUCACAUCAGAAAAAUGGCAUACCAGAUCUGCAAAUCUGUCAACUUUUUGCAUUCAAACAAGCUAACUCAUACAGAUCUGAAGCCGGAAAACAUACUGUUUGUGAAAUCUGAGUACACAGAGAAAUACAAUUCCAAACUGAAACGUGACGAACGUACACUGAAAAGUCCAGAUAUUAAAGUUGUAGAUUUUGGAAGUGCAACGUAUGACCACGAACAUCACAGUACUCUUGUGUCUACAAGACAUUACAGAGCUCCUGAAGUUAUUUUGGCCUUGGGGUGGUCACAACCAUGUGAUGUCUGGAGUAUUGGAUGCAUUCUUAUCGAAUAUUACCUUGGAUUCACAGUAUUUCCGACACAUGACAGUAAAGAACACCUGGCAAUGAUGGAAAAAAUACUGGGGCCACUACCAAUUCACAUGGUCCAGAAAACCAAAAAACGCAAGUACUUCCACCAUGACCAAUUGGAUUGGGAUGAGCAAAGUUCUGCUGGCAGAUAUGUUUCAAGACGUUGUAAGCCACUGAAGGAAUUCAUGCAGUGCCAUGAUGCUGACCAUGAAAAUCUGUUUGAUCUCAUUCAUAAAAUGUUGGAAUAUGAUCCUGCCAAACGAAUUACCCUUACAGAAGCUUUGGAGCAUCCUUUUUUUUUCCUCACUAAAGGAAAAGAGAUAAAUAACUACAGUUGUGUAGGUUAUUAAAGACUGUGUCAGUCAAAAAUAAGCAAUUCAAAUUUUUUAAUAUUUAUUUUGUAAUUAGCUUUGUAAAUAUACUUUCAUACUAUUGUGUCCAGUUCAUUGACCUAGCUCCCAAAAUUAAAAAAAAAAAGGUUUUUUUU